GGAACCAGCAGAUUGUCUGAUUGAGAUUUUGCGCGGAGAGUGAAUCGAAGAGAGGUACAGUUAACCGGUCAUGACUGUUGUUGACGAGGCUAGCGUUAGACACUGGACAACUUUGUUACAACUCUAGAUGAAGGAUGACAUCUUCAUCCCUGAAAAUGUUUUCAUCCUGGAGGAGAAUGUGCAGGAGGCAGAGGAAAGAAUGGUUUGUACAGCAGGCCAAACGGACCCCUUAGGAGCCAGUGUUCCUGUGCUGCGGUGGAGAAGAGGUUCAUCGGGACCAUCACUAAAGAGCUCGGGGCCCCGCCCAUAUCCGGAGUCCCGCCCAUAUCCGGAGUCCCGCCCAUAUCCUGAGUACCGCCCAUAUCCGGAGUCCCGCCCAUAUCCGGAGUCCCGCCCAUAUCCGGAGUCCCCCCCACAUCCGGAGUACCGCCCACAUCCGGAGUACCGCCCAUAUCCGGAGUCCCGCCCAUAUCCGGAGUUCCCCCAUAUCCGGAGUUCCGCCCAUAUCCGGAGUACUGCCCAUAUCCGGAGUUCCGCCCAUAUCCGGAGUCCCGCCCAUAUUCGGAGUACCGCCCAUAUCCGGAGUCCCGCCCAUAUCCGGAGUCCCGCCCAUAUCCAGAGUACCGCCCAUAUCCGGAGUCCCGCCCAUAUCCGGAGUCCAGCCCAUAUCCGGAGUCCCGCCCAUAUCCAGAGUACCGCCCAUAUCCGGAGUCCCGCCCAUAUCCGGAGUCCCGCCCAUAUCCGGAGUCCCGCCCAUAUCCGCCACAGAUGGUUCUGACGGAGAGUGAGAUCACUCGCUGUAUGAACCUGACAGCUCAGAAUUACAAUCAUCUCAGUGCGAGACAAGAUAUACUAUCUAUCACUUUGGGGGCGCGGGAUAGUGUUCCCGAAAAAUGGAGAAGGAGCAGGCCAUUCAACAGCGAAUUCAAAGAUACACCCAUCCUUUAAGGGAAUCGGAGUGGAAUUGUUUUUCCACAGAUUUUUUUUUGUAACCUGUUUUAAUCAUGGCCAAGAGUGGCCUAAUAUCAUUGGUUAAUAAUCAAAUAUUAAAA